AUGUGCACCAUUCCUCUAUGGAUAUUCUCUUCAUUUGCUGUCAGAAAUGUUAUCACCUCCGAUUUUCAUCCAAGCAUCGCCGGUGGGCUUUGGAUUCCAGAUAUGCUUGUUCCUGAUCCCUACUUUAUUUUACCCGUUGCAGUUGGGGUUUUCGGAUUUCUGAACCUUUACUCUCAACGUAAGAUAUACCCAAUUGCAAUGAGCAGCUGGAAAACGCGGUCGUAUGAUUUUUGCCUUGGCUUCUUCACGCUUUUUGCGGUAACCAUCAUGUCGCAAUUGCCAGCGUGUAUACCGUUGUAUUGGUUGACUGUGUCUGUUACUGGCCUGGUACAAGCCCAACUUCUACGUCAUCCCACUGUAAAGAAACUCCUCGGCAUCAGUCGGUUACCGACGGACUCGAGAACUCCAUUCAGAGACCUCUUUUUAUCGCGGCGUAAAUGA